GUCACAGGUCUUUGGCCUUUGUAAAUGUCUACAACUUUUUGUAGGCUAUGGCAUUUUCUAAAGCGAGUGAAAAUGGAAAAAUUAAAAUAAAUUUUAAAACCAUUAAAAAUGUUGAAAAGUGAAUAAUAAUUGAUAUAAAAAACAAAUAAAAAGCUAUUAGACAAUUAAAAAAAGGUCAAAAAACUUGCGAAUAAUUUAUAAAAUUACUAUAAAAACUUUGCUUUGUGAAAAAACAAGGAAGCAAUAGAAUAUUACGCAUGCAGAAAAAACUUUCAUAAAGGACUAAACAAAAAUUAAACUGUGAGUUGAAGAAUAAAGGCUUGCAGGCUUUAAAUGUAUUAAAAGUGUUGCCGGUUUAGUGCUUUAUCAUUUUUUUUUAACGAUUUUUAACAUAUGAAUUCAUAUUAUAACUGGAGACAUAAUUAUUAAAAAAUUCAAUCAAUUCCUCAUUCCCUUAUAUGUCAUACAUAAAGAAAAUCGAAAAAUCAAAUCAAUAGUUCAUUGAUUUAAAUGUCAAAUAAAAGAAAAUUUCUGAACAAAAUAAAUAAACAAAAAUAUAAAAUUGAAAAAAUAAUAAUUUAAUUUGCGGAAAAUAAAUAAAAACACCAAAAUAAAAACAAAUUGAAAAACAACGCCUAUUUUGAGGUCAUACGAUAUAAAUAGUAAAAGAUAUUACUCCUAGUCAAUUGACAUACGAUAUAAGUAAUCCAAUAUAUAACUCCUGGUUAAUUGUUACAAACGUUUAAACAAAUAGUUGUCCCAACUUAUUUUUUUGAAUCCUUUGCAUUUAUUCCUUUGGCAAAACGGCAACAAUAACGUUUCCCAAGCAGAAAACCCAUCAAAGGAAGAGGUCUUCGAAAGAUCCUCCUAUGUUCGUUAAUACGGGUGGGGGUGGGAAGACGCAGCAGCAGCAGCCGUUACAAAAUCAAACAAACACAUCAGUUCGUCAUAGUAACCCAUACCCACAUACGCACACACAUUCACAGCCUCAACAACAACAGCAGUCACAUUAUGAGCAUCAUCAGGGACCGGUUACAUUUGUUACAUAUCCGUUCUGUAAUGUUGCGCCAACAGCUCAUGGCAAUACAGGAGGUAAUGGUGUUAAUGUUGGUGGGGGACAAGCUGGCCAUGUCCUCUAUCAGACAACUCACCAACCACAGUCACAACCUCAUCCCACACAACAACAGGUGGGACUCCACAAUGCCGAACAGACUUUGCACUAUUUUACAAAAAGUGCUCCAUUGCCAGCGCAUCACCUGCACCAUCCAUCGCAGCAGCAACAUUCUCAAAUAAGAAAUAUGAUAGCUGCUGUAUCUCAUCAGCGACAGCCAUUUGUAGUCUCACCCAACUACUUUGCUUUAUCACAUGCUCUAUUGCCACAGCAAACGCGAGCACCACUUUUAUCAAAUGCCGCGCCUCAACAUGCGGCUACUGGUGGUUCAAUGGGAACACAACUUCAAAAUACUACACCCAGAAGUGUAGCUCCUAGUGGGCCAACAGCAUACGUGCCACCACCAUAUUGUACACCUCCACUGCUGUUAGGUGCUCCACCAACAGCUGUAACGCCACAACCAGCACCUAUGUUAACUGCAGCUGCUGGAAUAGGACAGCCUCCUAAUCUACAAGCAUACGCCCAUAUUGGUGGUGGAAUGCCAACAGCUCCAGCCUCAUCCACACCAAUAAAUAUACCAGCUGUAGGUUUAGCAGUUGGUGCAGCAUCAAGCACAGAGCAUCCUACAAACAUAAAACAACGAAAACACGCAAUUCCAAUUAUUAAUCCUGACACCUUAGAGAUCGUAACAUUUGAACACUUGGCUGCUGAUGUCCAAACGCAGACACAGCCAGAAAUUCCCACUAAAAAUGAAAUAAAUGUUGAAUCUGUAUCAAUACAGACAGACAAUGACAAUUCAUUAACUGCCUCGAUAGCGAGUAAUGCUUCAGAUGUUAUGACACCAACACAGUCACGAUCGAUAUCUAUACAGACAGAUGAUGGAAACUAUGAUAUCGUUAAGCAGAUCAGUGGUUUAGCAAUAGCAACUCAAACUGUUUCAGUUCCAGUUGUUAAUACCGGCACUCAAUCGUCACACUCUGAUAGCGAAUCGCCGAAAAAAGUUACUUACGAUGACCCCAAUGACACAGAUGCUGACACUAAUGAACAUGAGUUGGACAAUGAAGAUGAUGUUCUCGAUUCAAUUAAUGGAAAUUUAACUUGUGUUGAUCAAGUAUUACCAGAUAACGUUUCCAAAGAUCAACAAGAGGCUGAAGAUAUUCCUGCUGGUGAUCUUCUUAUAAUACAGCCAGUAGAGUCUGAUUCUGACCAUUCCACAGAAACGGAGGUAAAAUCGAAAGAUGAGCCUUGCACAAUAUCUGCACAAACUUCCGUUGAUAAUAAAGAUGAAGUAAAAUCCAAAGAAAUUCAACAAGAUUUGCCACAGUCCGUAUCAUCUUUUGUUGCCAGUGAACCAAAAAGAGGUCGUAAAAAUAAAAAAGCAGCUAAGCGAAAGGAAAAAAUACAAAGGAGGAUGAAACAGCAAAAUAUUAAAUCCAAUAGCGGUAAGUAA